UGGCUGAGUCAGGCGAAAGUGAAACAGAGAGGCAGAGUCAGGGCGAAAAGAGUAAUACACAGUGGAAGAGAGUGUGGAGACUAAAGAGUGGUCGUUGAUUUGGUGGCUGAUUGGGUGACGCACCAAUGGUCGUUGCCUCUAUUCGCCUUCCUUCUUCCCUUGCCUCUCUUUCUCCCAUCGCUCCUCGAUUUUCAUGGGGCAGAUCUGCUUCUUCACUUCCCUCCUUUGCCCUUCCUCUCCUCAGACCUAUUUUCCAGGCUCGCCUUCGCUCCAGUUCUGCUGAUGAAGACUCUGUGGUGGGAUCACCUGCGGAUCAAUCAGAAAUGAUAUUCAUGGGAACGGGAACUAGUGAAGGGAUUCCGCGAGUUAGCUGCUUGACUAAUCCUCUUAAGAAAUGCCCGGUCUGUUCCAAGGCUACUGGACCGGGUAAUAAGAAUAGGAGAUUUAACACAAGCAUUCUUAUUCGUCAACCGAGCUCCUCAGGAAGCCGCAAUGUUCUAAUAGAUGUUGGGAAAUUUUUCUAUCAGAGUGCUCUUCGAUGGUUUCCUACAUUGGGGCUAAGAACACUUGAUGCAGUUAUUAUUACUCAUUCACAUGCUGAUGCAAUUGGAGGUCUUGAUGAUCUUCGAGAUUGGACAAACAAUGUUCAACCAUCUAUUCCAAUAUAUGUAGCUGAGCGUGACUUUGAGGUGUUGAAGAAGACACAUUAUUAUUUAGUAGAUACAAGUGUUGUCAUCCCUGGUGCUGCAGUAUCAAAGUUGCAAUUCAAUAUCAUAUCUGAAGAGCCAUUUUUUGUGCAUGGAUUGAAGAUUACUCCCUUGCCGGUGUGGCAUGGCCAAGGUUAUCGUUCCCUUGGUUUCCGUUUUGGGGAUGUAUGUUACAUUAGUGAUGUUAGUGAAAUUCCAGAGGAAACCUAUCCACUUUUGAAGGAUUGUGAAAUUCUAAUUCUGGAUGCUCUGAGGCCUGAUCGCUCUAGUUCCACACAUUUUGGACUUCCAAGGGCAAUAGAGGAAGUGCGAAAAAUACAACCCAAGAGGACACUGUUUACUGGUAUGAUGCAUCUGAUGGAUCAUGAAGAAGUGAACAACUAUCUCGCAAAAUUCUUGGAGUCUGAGGGUCUUGACAUGCAACUCAGCUAUGAUGGGCUUCGCAUUGCAGUAAAACUAUAGCGGAUACACGCAUCAGGUUCUUGCUUAGAAGAGAUAUACUAGCUUUUGGCUAAAGCAUUGUUUUUUAUUUUAGGCUUAUCCAAUAAAAAAAAUACAAAUUUUUUAGUAAUUGUUAGAAUAAGGCUCCCAUCUAGGACAAUGCCUGGACUCUAGAAGAAAGAGAAAAAUAGGAAAAAGAUGAACAUCCCUUCAGGUAAAUCCCCAUGAUUAUGAGGAAAAGUUCACUAAAUAUCUUGUCAUCCUUCUUACUUGAUUGUGGUUGGUGGUUUUCUUAUUACUCUUGGCGUGUUGGAGGAUUGAAUUUUAUCAUUUUGGGCCGCUGAAAAAGGUGAAACCCCUUAUUGACUUGUAGUGACAAUCAGACAUGAUAAAUUACAUUUUCCAGGUGUCCCUCUCUGUCAAUGUAAUUGGAAUUCGGAGCUUAUAGUUUAGGAACGAAUCUUAUCCUAUCUACUUGAAAUAGAAAUUCAUGUUACUGA